AUGACCGCGCAAAGUGAUGACGGGCUCGGUGUCUUAGGCAGAGACUGCGCUGAGCGAUAUGUGGGCCCAAAGCAGUGGCAGAUAAAGCCUCGCGGGGAAGGCUUCGCCGACUGCAGAAUUUUUAUGGCGGAGCUGGACGUGGGCCCUGCUCCCUGCACGCCGCCCCGUCGUAGGUCUUGGCAUCGUGCGUGCUCGUCAGAGAAGCUCGUCGACACCAGGAAAGCUCCGAGAGCACGCCGUGCGCUCACUCUUCGAGAAGGGACCCGAAACCCACCGACUCAUUCGCGAUGCCUCAAGUGUAGACCUGUCACAGACCUCUUUUCCGCUGACCUGUCCUGCGCUUGGCAGCACUUGGCAGCCAUGGGUGGUGACUCGGUCGCCGAUGAUGGUAGACCCAAAUCUUACCAUGCUCUUCAGCUCUACAACCUGCCAGAGGAGAUGUACAGCCUGUCCAUGGAGGAGCGACAAGAAGCUGUGAAGAAGCUCGUAAAGAGCACGGGGCCAGAAGGUUUCCCGCCGAAGUGUCUGACAACCCCUUCCGCCAUUUCGUGGACGGAGGAGCUUGCCGUGAUGGCUGCAAUGCUGGUGUGUAUGGGUGGCCCGCUUUUCCUGGUCACUACGGGAUUGGCUGCGGUCUUCCUUGGAACUUGGAGAGAGAAGGCCGCUUUCUUGCUUCUGGUUACGACCCUUGCAGUCCAUCCUCUUCCGGCACCUGGUUCGAAGCUAUCGCACGAGCUGAUGAAGUCAAAGCUGACGCAGUGGAUGAACAAGUACUUCUCUUACCGCCUCCUGUGGUGUGAUGAUGACGUUCAGACUGCGCGGAAGAGCAUGCCGUGGAUCGGUGUCGGGCCACCUCAUGGCGUGCUACCAUUCGCUAACAUGCUCGGCAUUCCCGCGAUCAACGAGACUCUCGGUUGCCCCUUUGUCGGUGCGGCUGCCAACGUUGUGUUCAAAACACCCGGGCUCCGCUACCUGAUGUCCUAUGGCUGUGUGACGGCUGACCGGAAGGAUAUGGUGAAAGCACUUGGCCGCGGCCAAUGUGUUGGCAUCCUCCCGGACGGUGUCGCCGGCAUCUUCCGGACCAACAAACACCGAGAGCUGGUGGCAAUGAAGGAUCGAAAGGGCCUGGCAAGGCUGGCCUUGAGGACAGGAACGCCCUUGAUCCCCGUCUACUCCUUCGGCAACACAGCUGCCUUCUCGUGUUGGUAUGAUCGCUGGGGAGUACUCGAAUCCAUCUCACGGAAAGUGCAAGCAUCCUUCUUCCUCUAUUGGGGUCGCUGUUUCCUGCCUAUCCCAUACCGGGUCCAGAUCACCAUGGCCAUAGGCAAACUAAUUGAGGUCCCGCAGGUGGAGAAUCCCACCACUGAGCAGAUUGAUGAACUCCAUCAGCGAAUCAUGGAGGGAAUCCGGACUACCUUUGAUCGGCACAAGCACUGCAUAGGCUUGUGGCAGCGCCACCACGGGGAUGCAAAGUACUGGGUCCAGAUUCGGAGCGCGCAGCGACUUCUGAUGCGGAGCAUUGGGACGGAACUCGUCUUGAAUGAAGCUUCGUUACGAGGACCAGAAGUGGUGCUGGAGCCUUUGCUGCGCGAGGCCAUUGAUGCACAGGAGGCUGAUCGAAUGAGUGCCAUUACCAUGCUUGGCAUCCUGAACGAACUGGUGACCAGACUCGAUGGAGAAGCCCUGGACCAGCACCACUUUCGAGGCCAGCCCGUGGCCGAGUUUGAGACCAUGCCACUGCGUGCAGGAACUGUUACUGAACACCAGACGGAGAGCGGAACUUGGUACUGUUUGUACACGCCGCCAGCACCAUCAGCAUGCGUCCUGUACCAUCUGCACGGUCUGGGAGAAAUUUUCGCUUUUGUUUGGAAAGAGGUUUACUGGACAGCUGCUGCCCUGGAGCAAGCUCGCAGACCGGUCCAUAUCGUCGCUCCAUAUGACGAGACCAAGUUCGGAAUGUGGUCAGAUGGCAAGACUGUUCAGAUGUUCACUCGUGUGUUGAAGGAUGUCAUGCCACAGGUCGAGAGACAUCUCGUGGUUGAGACGCGAUGUAUUCAAGGCUUCAGCAUGGGGGGUUUUGGAGCCAUGCUUCUUGGAUUGCGGCACCCGGAGCUUUUCUCGCGCAUUCUGGUUUGGGACGGGGCGCUUCACAGCUGGGAAACGCUCACUCACAACCGAGCCUUCAUUGCCAAGGGUCAGUUCGGUGACUCAGAAUCCAUCUUUGAAGAGAACUCACCAUGGAAGGCUGCAGAAGCCUGCCCCGACAAGGCAGUGCCUGUCCUCAUCGUCGUGGGAAGGAUGCAAGCCACACUUGCGUAUGGACGAAGCUUCUACAAGCAUUUGCAGGAGUCCGGAAUGCAGCGUGUAACGUUUCUUGAGACAGAUCUGCCACACUGCUUGCAGCCUUUUGUAGAGCAUCAUGGCCAUCGAGCCAUCGCCUUCUUGUUUUCAGAAUUAGACGAAGUGACAAAGUGA